CCUACGUGUCAAGCGGGAGAAAAGUGUAUGAUUCCCUGCGAGCGGGAGGGAAUGUACAUUCCCUCCCGGCUAGUGACGUCACCGGGAGGGAAUGUAACAUUCCCUCCCUGUGAGGGAGGAAAAGUAACUUGCUUUCUCGGUAAUAUUAUCAAAGUAUGACCAUUGAUGAAUCAGUUACGUGAGUUACGUCAGCUAAGUGACUUACGUAACUUACGCGAGUUACGCAAAUGGUGUAGUUACGUAACUUACGUAAAUGGUGUAGUUAUGUUAGUCUUUCGAGUUACAAAUAAUAAAUGAUUUACGUAAGUUACGUAACUUACGUUACUUACGCUACUUGCGUAAACCUACGCUCUUUGGGUUAGUUUAGUUAUUUUAAGCUUUUCACAAACUUUCAGUUACCACAGUUGUAACUGUACCGCCCCCAGCUACAACUAUACAUUCAAAAGUAACAAUCAAACUGCCGCGUUUGUACUUUCGGUAUACGUGUGUUAGAAAAAAUAGUAUGUGCAACUCGGGAGGAAAAUUGAUUUCCACUCGUGUUUUACAGUUCUCGGCUUCGCUCGCAAGCACUCGCCUUCGGCUCGUUUGCUCGCUACGCCUCGAACUGCAAACUACACUCGUCGGAAAUCAUCCAUUUCCCUCCCUUGAUGCACAAUCUACUAUUGUCUUUGUUAAAAAUUACAAAAAGAAUUGAAUAGCAUUCAUUUUUAGACGAAACGUGGUCCUAUCAUGGUAUAGAAAAGUAUUGGAUAGAAAUGGCAUUCAAAAGUAUUGGAUAAUUUCUACUACACCAUACAGAGUUUGAAUUAUUUCAAUCCUUUUCAAUUUUUCGUUUCUUACUGGGAUUCCAAUAUACGGGCAAGCUGACAUUUUGAUAAAUGAAAAAAACAACUAAAUAGGUAUAUGAAGUUAGAGACAAUUUAACAAAAAGGGUGCAAAAGGUGAAAAAGUAAAAUCAGGGAAAUGACAUCAUGAGAAAACAAAUUUUUUUGAAAGAGAAGAAGAAAAUUAGGAAAUUUUUCAUCAGGGCUUAGAAAAUUUUGAGAAAAUGACUUCCUACGUAAUGGGUUUUACCUCCUCAGGAGGAAUUCCAUUAUUUUCGAGAAAAAGAGGCGAAGGAGAAGCUCUUUCAUUUUCAAAAAUGGCAUCCUUCAAUGGAGUGCAUAUGUUUUUGAAAUCUCACAAUAUUGAAUUAUUAGAUAGCAAAACACCGGAUACAAUAUUAAAAUGGAAAGAGUUUGAAGAAACUGUCCUUAUAAUAGUAAUGGCCAGUGGAAUAACAAGCAUAAUUUUAAAUAAAUUCCUCGACGCCGUUUUUAAUGCGAUGGUUCUCGUUGUUGGAAUUGAUGACAUUAAAAGUCCAAGAAGCAUAGAAAGAUUAAAAAGAGAUUUACGUGCUUGUAACGCAAUAAUCGAUAGAUUAUUAGAAUGUCUUGACACCGGUGAUAAAACUUGUAUGAAAAUUGAUUCAGUAGAUAUGACGAGUUGCAAUAUUUAUUCAGAAAAUCAUUUACUCCAAGUCUGUCUUGACACUUAUAUGGAAUUACUGGAUUCAAUGUACGGCUGUGUUUUAAUUCACGGUUGUUUGGCAGUUGCCACGGAAAAUUGGUGGCAUCUUGAUGCAAUAGAGAGGAAAUUAUUAAUAUUGGCAAUUACUACUGAAAGUAAUUGUAUUGUAAAAGAUCUUCCGGUAUUUCUACCCAAUAAGAGUCCAAGCGUUGCCUUUCGACUUGUUUCAGUUUCUCUUGGUAAUCACGUUGAAGUUCUGUCACUUUGUGGACCAACACCAACUUUAAUUGAAAUUGAACGACUUGCAGUACAAACGUGGAAAAGUAAUAUUGAUGUUUUAAAAGAUGUUGAGCAAAUAUUUUCGAGAAAUUUCUUCACUGCAAUAACACUUGAUCCGGGAAUACUUGGAUUCUUUUUAGCUAAGCAUAAAGUGGGUAAAUUUAUAUUGACGAGAAAUCCUCAGCAAGCGAAAAAUCGUACCAGUGGAAAUCAACGAUUAGAAUCUUUGCGUACAUUUUAUCAUCAUGCAGUGGAGAUAUUUUUAAUUGAGGAAAAUUUCGAUAACGAUGAAGAGAAGAAAAAAAAUUGCUCAUUUAUUGAGGGAGGUAAAGAGACUUAUUGGUGUUCUGAGCAUCACAAAUGUCACGCUUUAAAAGAGGGUGACAAUAUUCUAUGUGUCUUAUAUCCGUCCAAUAUUCCUGCUCAUACAAUGAGACUCAUUACUCAAAAGACUUUAAAGGCAAUUUUAGCAGAAAGACAUUUUUGUUGGUGAGAUUUUUUUAAAAUUCAAAUGGACGAAAAUUGUCUUAAUAAUUAUUAAAAUUUUAUUCUUACAAUAAAAUAAUUUUUUGAAAAAAUUAAUGUU